AUGGCAAGCUACAAGAACGUCAUACUCAUCGGAGCGAGCAGUGAUAUAGGCACUGCGAUUUUGAACACAUUCAUCAACGAGUCUUCGUUUAACACGACUGUGUUGACACGGGAAGGCUCGUCUUCGACCUUUCCAGCCGGCGUCAAAGUCAUACGGGCCAACUACGACUCGGCUGAUGCGUUGAAGGAUGCUUUCAAAGGACAAGACGUCGCUGUAUCUCUCGUCGGCGGAACUGGAUUUGGAGAGCAGAACAAGCUCAUUGACGCAGCCAUUGCAGCUGGUGUCCAGCGCUUCGUACCCUCUGAGUUUGGCAGCGAUACUGCCGAUGCUCGAGUUCGCGAGCUCGUGCCCAUCUUAGAAGGGAAGUUCGCAACGGCCAACUAUCUCAAGAGCAAAGAGAGCGUCAUCAGCUGGACUAUUCUGGCCAACGGACCGUUUUUCGAAUGGUGUUUCAAGGUCGGCUAUUACGGCUUCAACCUGGCUGACAAGACUGUCACUCUCUAUGACGAUGGCACAGCCAUUUUCUCGACAACGAACCUGCACACGGUUGGUCUGGGAUUGGUGAAAGCUCUCGAGAAGCCAGAAGAGACGAAGAAUCAGUAUGUGUACAUCAGCAGUUUCGACACGUCGCAGAACGAGUUGCUUGCCUUGACGGAGAAAAUUACGGGCUCGAAGUGGACUGUCAAGCACGUGGCAGUCAAGGAUCAUGUUGAGCAGGGCCGCGCAAAGCUACAGAAGGGCGACUUCUCGGGCAUAGUGGAGUUGCUGCAGGCGACGAGUUUCUCCAAAGAUCAGCUUGGACGGUUCGAUCAGGCUCCGGCUUGGAACGAGAAGCUGGGGUUGCCGAAGGAUGACUUGGAGAAGUCGCUUCGUGGUGUGUUUGAAGGAUGAGAGUGCUUGACGCGGAUGCCAUGUGUUUUGUAGUAAAGAACUCGCACAUGUGAUGAAGACAA